AAAUCUGCCAAGGACAUGUUUUCGAUGGCUCAUCAGUUUGAUCUUGCAUCACGUGACGGUCCAAAGGCUUUUGUAAGUGAGUAUGCUGUAAAUGGGAAAACUGCUGGCAAAGGAAAUAUUUUAGCAGCACUGGCCGAGGCUGCAUUCCUUAUUGGAAUUGAACAGAACAGUGAUGCAGUUAGCAUGGCAAGCUACGCACCACUUUUUGUGAAUGACAAUGACAGGCGGUGGAAUCCAGAUGCAAUUGUCUUUAACUCUUCACAGCUAUAUGGAACACCAAGCUACUGGGCGCAAUGCUUUUUCAGGGAGUCGAGUUCAGCAACUGUUCUUCAUUCAACACUCCAAAAUACAUCCACUUCCCAACUUAUUGCAUCUGCAAUUAUGUGGGAAAACUCGGGUGAUAACAAGAGUUACCUAAGAGUAAAGAUUGUGAACUUUGGGAAUGACACAGUUAAUCUCAAGAUAAGUGUGGAUGGAUUGGAGCCCAACUCCACAAUACUGUUAUCUGGGUCGACAAAGACCGUACUCACCUCUGGUAAUCCAAUGGAUGAGAAUUCAUUCAAUGAGCCAAAUAAGGUCAAACCGACCCAGAGUCCACUUGAAAAUGCUGGCAAGGACAUGGAUGUCAUACUUCUUCCAUAUUCUCUCACUUCAUUUGAUCUGUUAAAAGGAUCAAACGACCUCAGAACUGCAAGAAUUGAUUAUUUCUCUAGAUCAUCUUUUUAAAGUAUUAACUGAUGAAUAUCAAGUACUACUGUACUUUUGAGAAAUAAAGGUAAUAACCCAACAAAAGAUGGCAGCAUCCUUGCAUGUCAACUAUUCUAUUGGAAUGUCAUGUUGUUUUAUGUAAUAUCAAACUCGUUGCUUUUGGCUUCCAUGCUUGUAAGCAUGUGUGUGAAUGGUCUUUAUUCUUGGAGAUCAAAUUAUAUCUUGCAGUUCAUGUUUUAUGUAAUAUCAAGCUCGUUGCUUUUGCCUUCCAUGCUUGUAAGUAUAUGUGUGAAUGGUCUUUAUUCUUGGUGAUGAAAUUAUA